CCCUAAGUUUAAUAAGAAACCGAUCUAUAAUUUACCAUCAAAUAAGUAUCAAGAAUUCACCAAUGCUUAUGUGUAUAGUAUUAUGGUUAAAACUGGAAAUGGUACCCCUAACCGAGAUAAUUGGUCUCUUGGAACGUCUUCAAUCACACACAUGCAAGACCUCGAAAGGCUUACUUUGGAUCCUCAAUACAAUGACACGUUAAAGACCGACGGAGAAAUUCGACCUAUCUGGGUGUUACUAGUAGAUGGAGGACCGGAUGAGAAUCCAAGGCAUCUGAAAAACAUUAAAAUGUAUUGUUAA